UACUGUCGGUUACACUCCUUGAAGCUGAGGGCCACCUGGACAAGGUCUCCCCCACGCCCCGGCCCGAAUCCUUCCCGGAUGGGGCGUAGGGAAGCGACAUCCCUUCACCCCCGGCCGGCCAGCUCGGUCUGGAUCGCUCCCCCGGCCAGCGGAGCAACCGAGCCGAUCUGCAGGGGGCGCAGCGGCGAGGCAGCGUACCGGCCGCCGAGCGGAAAGAGCCGGGCGGAGCUUGUUCCCCGGAAGGAGCAGCGCUGCCGGGCCGGGGCCGGGGCCGGGGGCCGGGAUGGGCCGCAAGAAGAAGGGGGGUAGCGGCGCGCGGCUCCGGCGGGCGGUGAUCUUCGAUGAGGACAGUCGGCGGGAGUUCCUGACUGGGUUCCACAAGCGGAAAGUGGAGAGGCGGAAAGUGGCCGUGGAGGAGAUCAAGCGAAAAUUGAAAGAGGAGCAAAGAAAGAUGAAAGAGGAGCGGCACAAGGAGUACCUGAAAAUGCUGACAGAGAGAGAAGAAGCCCUAGAUGAGGCUGAUGAGUUGGAACAUUUGGUGACAUCUCGAACAGAAUCUGUGAGCAUUGAUCAUCCAAACCACACUGUAACAGUGACUACCGUCAGUGACCUGGACCUCUCAGGAGCACGCCAGUUAGGACUCAGUUCCUCUGGGGGAGGAGGUAGUGGAUCAGAAGAAAAGGAGACAUUGAGUGGAUUCACAAGUACAUUGCCCAAGAAGUCUGGAGAUCCCUUCCUGUCCCAGAGGAUCUCUUCACUCACUGCCUCGCUGCACGCACGCAGCCGGAAGAAGCCCAAGGGAAAGCAGCUCAGACGUGGUCAGGACCCACACAAGAAAAUCCAGAAACCUAGUGCUGGACGAACCAGCAAGUCCCAGCGCCGGAAACUGACUGGCAAAAGAGGGCACAACCAAGACUAAUAGACAAACUGAAGUGGAAAUUAUCUGCAGGGCCAGGCUCUGUAUUUGGCAAUAGUCUCUGCCUGACGUGAAUGCCCAGUUUGUUGUGGAUGGGACCUUGUUUGGAUUCUUGUUCAACAAGCUGUACAGCCAUGCUCAUCUAUUUCUUCUCCUGGUUGGGGCCAGUAAACGCUGGGCCAAUCAUUUUUCACUGUAAUUGCAUGCAGUGGAAGGUCUGUUACAGUCUCGGUUGGUGGGCUGUGAAUCGAGCCUGGACCUGCCUUUUCUGCAUAGGUCCCCCGUUCCCGGAAUUUCCUCUUCCCAUGGAAGCAGAAGAAAGCUAGUGUCUUCCCUUACAGAAAUGGAAGGGUUGGGUUUGGAGUGAAUGAUAUCGAGGGUUUACAAGAGGAGGGAAGGUUCCACUUCCACCCAUGCUCUGUUGCAUUGACUGUGCAUCCCUCCUUCCUCAAGAAAGCUGGCACCACUUUGAGUGUCUCGUGCUCUUUGUACAAAGCCACAUGCCUGUAUAUAGAUAACCGGGGUGAGAUUGGUAACUUCCCUGGUGUAAAUCUUUAUAAAUAUCACUUGUAAGAGC